UCUCACUUCCCUUCACACUUUGUAUUCCCCUUCUCCACAGAAACUCAAAACAAAAAAGAAGAAAAAAAAAUGGCUAAAUAUAUUAUCACCUUCUUCACCAUAGCUCUGCUCCUCAGUUUUCAACUCACAGCCUUCGCUGCUCGUCCAGUCCCUGCUGCUUUCACCAACAACGCUCUCAAAACCCAACACCAAGACAUAGACGCGGAGAUCGUUGCAGCGGAGGAAGGCGGGAGCUGCGAAGGUGUAGAGGAGGAGGAGUGCCUGAUGAGGAGGACAUUGGCGGCUCAUGUGGAUUACAUAUAUACACAGAAGCACAAGCCUUGAACUCGUGCAGCCAAUUAAAAUUCUCUCUCUUUGUUUCUUCUUUUUAAAAAGCCAUGCAAUAAUAAAGCAUCCAUAUGUUAUACUAAAUAAUAUCAUACAAGCUUAUUUGGUCAACUCAA